GUGUGGUCAAACAGAAAAGUGAUAUAUAGAGGGAAGGGGAAUUCUGGUUAAAGUUUUUUUUUUCUUAAGAAAAAUGUAGUACAAAGGGAGAUGUGUCCAUAAAUUAGGUCUUCUGGGAAGUAAAGGAGAAGUUGGAUAGCUGUUUUUCUCUUAAACCAGUAAUUUUUUAACUGGAGCUCAGGUGCGGAAUACUCCUUGGGUCUUGGUUUUCCCUCUAAGUGAAGAUUCAAGCUCAGAGACAUUGAAAGUGGUAAAAGACUUGCCAAAGCCUCAGGUAAUUGAGCAGAGGGAACCAGAUUCAUUUCGAAUGCAGAUGCCUCAAGGGAACCCGUUACUGCUCUCUCACACCCUCCAAGAGCUGCUGGCCAGGGACACCGUGCAGGUGGAGCUCAUUCCCGAGAAGAAGGGCCUUUUCCUGAAACACGUGGAAUAUGAAGUUUCAAGCCUGCGCUUCAAAUCUUCUGUGUACAGAAGGUACAAUGACUUUGUGGUGUUCCAUGAGAUACUGCUACAGAAGUUCCCCUAUCGAAUGGUGCCAGCACUUCCACCCAAGAGAAUGCUGGGAGCUGACAGAGAGUUUAUCGAGACCAGACGAAGAGCUUUGAAACGCUUCAUUAACCUGGUGGCCCGGCAUCCCCCUUUCUCGGAGGAUGUGGUGCUGAAACUGUUCCUCUCAUUCAGUGGCUCAGAUAUACAGAAUAAACUGAAGGAAUCAGUCCAGUGUGUUGGAGAUGAAUUCAUGAUUUGUAAACUGGCUACUCGAGCCAAGGACUUCCUCCCAGCUGACAUCCAGGCACAAUUUGCUGCCAGUCGAGAACUCAUCAGAAAUAUCUAUAAUAGCUUCUAUAAACUUAGAGAUCGGGCUGAAAGGAUUGCAUCCCGAGCCAUUGACAAUGCUGCUGACCUCCUCAUAUUUGGGAAAGAAUUAAGUGCUUUAGGAUCUGACACAACACCACUUCCCUCCUGGGCCACGAUGAGUAAUAGCACAUGGGGGACGCUAAAACAGGCCUUGAAAGGCCUAUCUGUUGAAUUUGCACUGCUAGCUGAUAAAGCUGCACAACAGGGUAAACAGGAAGAGAAUGAUGUGGUGGAGAAGUUGAAUCUCUUCUUGGAUUUGCUCCAGUCCUAUAAAGAUCUCUGUGAAAGACAUGAAAAGGGUGUGCUUCACAAGCACCAGCGAGCAUUGCACAAGUACAGCAUGAUGAAGAAGCAAAUGAUGAGUGCCACGGUGCAGAAUAGAGAACCAGAGAGUGUGGAACAGCUGGAGUCUCGCAUUGUGGAGCAAGAAAAUGCAAUCCAGACGAUGGAGCUCCGGAAUUAUUUCUCCUUAUACUGUCUGCAUCAAGAGACCCAGCUUAUUCAUGUCUACCUGCCUCUUACUUCACACAUCUUAGGAGCCUUUGUCAACUCUCAGAUACAAGGCCACAAAGAGAUGAGUAAAGUUUGGAAUGAAUUGAAGCCCAAGUUAAGCUGCCUCUUUGCAGGACCCAAUAACAUGCCAACACCGCCACGAUCACCACAGGAGGGCAAUGUGUUUUCUCAUUAGUUCCUGGAGAGGACUGCCUGGGUUUUAGGCAGUGCUAAGAGUACCCUUCCAGCCUUACUAAAACAUAUCACCAAACUGUAUCAUUGUGUAUUUCCCUUAAAACAAUAGCUGCCAUUCUGGUGCUCACAGAUGUUUGGACUGACUGAAACCUGAGCAGAAGACCCUGAUUCAGUGGUAGGGGAUGAGACUCAGAUCCUAAUUUCCUGUCUUGUCCUCUGCUCAUCUUCCUUCAUUUCAUAGUGCUCAGAGGCAAGAUUGAGAGACACCUUACUGUAGGGUACUUUGGGAAGGAAAGAGAAUGUGCUUAGAUGCUAAGGGCUGAAGGGCCACUUGUGGUGGCUGGUAAUUCCCUUUCCUCUUACUUACAUCCACUUUUUCCUUCCACCGCCAUCUUCCUCAAUAUAUGCACUCUGGUUUCCUCUCUGGCAGUGAGAAGCAGUAGAUGUACUGUAUGAAAGGCAGUUCUCCUAGUCUCCAGGAAGGCUGGGAGAUUAAGGAUGAAGUUCAUGUAAGUGAAGUUGUCUGUGAGUGAAUGUUAGUCCCCUCCUAACAGCUAUUUAAUCUUUUGAGAUGAGGGGACUGAUAAAAUUAAUCAGAAUUCAUUGGAUUUCUUUGCCUUCUAGGGGUCAGGAUUAACUGAACAGAAGACUAAGGGUGAGAAAAGGGUGAAGUUCACAUAUGCAGCAGGUUUAUUUCAAUGCAGUCAUGCCUUUUGGUUGAAAUAAUGUUAAUUUUUUUUUUCAAAAUGAGUUUUCAGUGAAAGGCCUAAAAAGUAACUAUUUAAUGCUGUUGAAUACUCUUGAACAAAUUGCCUUACACUAGGACUUUUCAAUUUCAGAGUGUGUGUGUGUGUGUGUGUGUGGUGUGUGUGUGUGUGUGUGUGUGUGUGUGUACACAUGUGUAUGUAUACAGAAGAGAACCAUUUUGCUUAUGGAGGGGAUUGUUAGCUGGUAGGUACAAACAGUAUUACUUUUCUGUGGGACAAGCUACAGUGUCUAUUCCAGGCAGCUAGAGACAAACACUAGGAACCUUAGUAUAUUACAGACUCAUUCUGAAUUUGGCAAGGCCUGCCAUAUUUCAUUUUCCAUUCCUCUACUUUUCCCCUCUUCUGUACUAAUGGCAUGAUCUGUUAUUUUGCACAAGAGUAGGACCAAAAUGUUUGGCAUAUUAAAGUGAACUAAUUGAAUAGUCUGUCAUGUGCUAAAAACUAAUUCUUUAAAAAGAUAUCACACUUUUAUUUUGGUUGCUUAUAUUGGAGAGUGCAGAAUAUACCAAGUUGAGAAGGGUGUGGUGAAGAUGAGAUGAGGAAAUCAGAGGGUUAUGAUUUUUAUUUCGGUUGUGUUUUAAAAUAUACUGGCCUUUACAAGAGAGUGUUCUUUGGGAAUUAAAGAAAAAAUAAAACAACCAGCUAGUUUCCUGAUGGCACAACUCCUGGUUGAGGUAGUGGAACAUUCCUGCUAAUUUCAGUCCUUUCCUUCCUUAGCCCAGCUCUUACUCAAUGGGGUUUAUUGUGUAACUCUUCAGCUCUGUUUUCCACCUUGUGAUGAUGUGGGAGAGUUCUCAGAUGUGCUGUGGUGGAGACCUGUAGGGAUGGGUGGUGUCAUUUCUUGCCUUAAUAUGCUUCUAUUCCAAAUCCCUAGUGGAACAUUUCUCUAUGGGGUUGAAAAUAAACUGGACUUCUCCACAUCAGGGACUUCUCGUUCUGUUUAGACUUUGCUUUUCUCAUUCUUAUAAAGACAGAAAAAUUGGAAAAGGCUGUAAAUGGGCAGCAUGCAUUCUGAAAAUAUUGCCCUCAUGGAGUAUUUGUCAGGUUCCAAGGAGAUUUUCUCUGCUAUUUUAAUGUUGAUUCUGACCUUCUCUAAGUUUUUAAAUAUGUAGCAUGAAGGAUUCUAGAAUAAAAAUAGAAGCCACCAAGUAUUCUCGCUAGCUAUGGGAGAAAGAAUCAAAAUAACCAAAAAUACUUGAUUUAUGCAGAUAAGCUAAUUCAUUUUUCUGGCACAGGCAAAAUGAGGGCUGGACUUAAAUGGCUGCACAAGGGGUCUGGCCUCAAAGCAUGUUGCUGUAUUUGACUCAUUCAAAGAGGAUAUGAGUGGAAGUGUAAGACUUGUGAGCAUGUACUCCAUGUGGCAUGUAAGCACAUUUUUCAGAUGUUUGCUUUGCAUUCAUGAAGUAGCUAGAGGCAUAAGGGUCACUUGGUAGAAAACACUAAUGGCACCUGGAUCUGUAACUUACUGCCCUAAAGCUCACAUCUUCCUUCCUACUAGGAAAGCUGACCUUUGUUUGUAUAAGUGAAUGUGACAUUUAAAACAGCAUGUGAUGGAAGAUGGUCUGUUUCUACUGUUGAACAGGCUUAUCCUCUGAAAAGAGAAGAUGCAUAUCUUUAGUUAGAGCCUAAAAAUAGUGCCGAAGUUCUGUUUUGAGAGUUAUUGGUCUGUAGCUAAAUUUGGCCAAGAGAAAGGUGGACUCUUCUUAGCCUUCAGGGUCUCUGCCUGCCAUCCAUUCCCCUUUUACAGAAAUAAAGUCUCUACCCACUUUGAAUGGA